AUCGACGAGCUCGCAGCAGAGAAAGAGCAAAACAAGGCCCAGCUGCAACGCAUUCUUGACAGGAUCUACAGGAAUGUCGCCAGAUACGGUGAUGCCUCGGAGGGCAAGCAAAGUGUUGAAGCUUAUGUCUACGACGGAUGGCGAGGCCUCCUGAACACCAUUAACGCUAUCCUGAGACUGCCUGCUACCGACUUUGUAGGCACCAGGAUGUAUUUGUUUCUCAGUGCAGAACUCAUCCGUCAUCCCGGUGUCCCCAAAUAGUAUGAAGACGACACAGCAGAUGAGGAUCUUGCGGAUUUAUAUGAGCUUUGCACAGAGGCUGAUGAUGUCCUCCUCGGCGCCCUGCGCAAGAUCUGGAUCUGUAGCGGACAGACUGAAUUAUUUGACUGGGUAUUCACAGAGCACCGAAUCGACAGACCGAUCAGACAGUUGGAUGCUGAAAUUGCCGUGUUUCUCUCACUCCAAGGGUAUAAGCGCCGCUUCAGCAAAAGACAAAAGGGAGAACGGUAUUACUAUUCAGAACCGAACGACAAGGAGAACUACAAACUAUACACAGGGCCGAAACCGCGAUGGCACUCAGAAGGAACGGGCUUGGAUCCGGACUGGAACUGGAAGCUCGAAGGAAACGCCAAGCCGAUCACGGGUGGCAUUCCCUACACAAUUGACCUUCUGGAUGAUAGAGGGAUACAAUAGACGAUUGGGUUUACGUCUUCCGCCGCUCUUGGCAGUUUUGCCUGGACGCGCAGCAGAUCGCUGAAGGAAACCUCGGUUCCCAACGACAAGAAUUCCUAAACACGAUUUUACUCCGUCACCGCAUCCCGCGAGAGAUUCACAGCGAGAUUCUAUCUCAUCUCACGGACCGCGAACCACUCCCUUACCUCAAGAAACUCGACAUUGGUGCAGCCUACACCC